AUGUCUGAGAGAGACCUUCCUGAAGAGCUCGUCCUCUCCAUCCUCGCCCUCUGCUUUGAUCUGCCCUGUGAAGAUUUCCUGCGCUUUCCAACAGCAGACGGCGCUCGCAAGAGCACAUCGCGAAACACCGACCUCUUGCUGGUCUCGAAACGAUGGCUGCGCGUUGGCUCGCCUCUGCUCUUCACCUCGCUUCGCCUCUCCCACCCGUCUCACGCCACCAGCGUCGCCCACCAGCUCCGCUGCAACCCCGGCCUAGGCAGCGCGAUUCGCAAUCUGCGCAUUGAGGGCGACUGCGGGGACAAUCUCUGCGAAGUCCUGGAGCUCGCGCCGAAAAUCGAACGGCUUUACAUCGCCCUGGACCAGAAGACCAAUACCCGCACCGAGGGCCUACGCCGAGCCUUUGCUUACACAAACCCGAAGGAGGUGUUUAUCAUGGACAUGACGCGACUCCUGCGCGCGUUCUCCAUGUUCCCCUGGGGCACAAGCGUGCGCGCGGAUGAGGCAAUGGCCGCUGCCGAGCAUGCCAUCGCCGAACAUUGGACCGAGCUACGCUGCAUCCACUUUGGGCCGUGUAGCGAGAUCACCCCUUCGCUGUUCCAUGCACUUGAGCGGGCCAACGCUGCGAGAGCGCAGCAGUCAUGCCCUCCACUACGAGUCAAACGGCAGCGCGCAUCCGUUGGAAUAUGGUGACACGGGGAAUUGUGAACCCUGUACCGAUCGUCCAUACAUACUAAUGGUGCGUACAUCCCGUUCUAUUCUUACCCGAUCUUAACGAGAAUACUCGUGGUACGACAGAUAUAAUACGCGUAAUCCAUAUAUUUGCUGCACGCAAAUUCCAAUACUUUUCGAAUCUCAACUAGUGACGGGAGAGACCGCGAGACCAGAAUAACGCGUUCCGCGUAGAGUAAAACGCCGUAUACCGCACGUUUGUGACAUCGCUGCAUCUGCGUUGCCGGAAUCUACCUGCAGCUUUCCCGAUGUCUCUGCUCGACAUGAAGUUAUGAUAACGAGACUUGG